AGGGCAAGUUACCACCAAACCACCAAGAACAAGACAAAGAUGCCAUCAGGUGCUGACGACACGCUUGCCAAGGCCGACCGAAAACUGACAUCCUCGAGCUCAUCCUUCUUCGGAUUCGGAGGCUCAUCAACAUCUAAAAUCGAGGAAGCACGUGAACUCUACAUCUCCGCUGCUAACCAGUUCAAGGUCGAGAAGAAGUGGAAAGAUUCCGGGGAUGCGUUCUGUAAAGCGGCCGAAUGUAGCUUGAAACUCGGCGAGAAAGAUGAUGCUGGAAACGACUUUUGGUCGGCCGCUAAAUCUUACAACAAAUCUAACCCUGAACUCGGUAUUGCUUGUCUACGUCGGACUGUAGAGAUUUUGAUCGAAAAGGGUCGAUUCCGACAGGCCGCCGACCGACAAAAAGAUAUCGGAAGGAUUUUCCAACAGGAUGCAGGAGAUUUACAAGGCGCCUUAGAUGCGUUUCUACAAGCAGCCGAAUGGUAUGCCCAGGAAGAUGCCCAUGCGACUGCUAAUGGAUGUUACAAAGAUGCAGCAGAUCUCGCGGCUCAGUUGGAGCAGUAUCCAGUGGCGAUUGAGAACUUUGAAAUCGUCGCUCAGAACUCUCUCUCCAGUCCACUGACUCGAUACAACGUCAAAGAAUACUUCUUCAAAGCCGGAUUAUGUCAUCUGUGCACAGGCGAUGUGGUGAGCACGAAACGGGCGAUCGAGAAGUAUGCCGAAUUGGAUCCCAGCUUUGUUCAACAACGAGAGUACAAGUUUUUGUUGGCGAUCGUCGAUGCCUAUGACGCUGGAAACCAAGAAGAAUUCACAAACCAAGUGGCCGAGUUCGAUUCGAUGAUGAAACUGGACAGUUGGAAGACUGCAAUCUUACUGAAUAUCAAACGCGGUAUCCAAGAGGAACCCGGCUUACUCUGAACCUUGCAUCCACUUCUACAUCCAUCUCAUCUCUCUUGUUUCUUUCUUUCUGGAAGUUUUCUCUUGUUCAGCUUGGUGCGGUUGCCUCACAAAAAAUUUGCAGCACUAGUAUCAUUUCCUAUGCUUAUCUUCCUCUUUUGCUGACUUCAAAGAAACUCGUGUGUUCUUCUUUCAAGCAAAAGAAGCUAAAUUUCAGAUCCCCUGUCAUAUUUUCUUUGUGUGUAUAAAACUCUGUUCAUUAUAUAUCUCUCCAGUCUACAUAGUUAUCUCCACCUUUCAAAAAGGUGAUUGAUUACUUUUAAACACGCCAUGAUCAACAUUUUUUUGAGCCUCUAAAAGUACCAAGAACAACAAAAAUUAAGUAAGAGGCUAUUAACCAAAGGCAACAAGAUAUAAGAAGGGAGUUUUGUAUGUAGUCAGACCUAGUGACUUGCAUAUCACGAACCGAUGUAGUUUCAUG